UUUAUAGAUUUACCGAGCAAUCAAAACAAAGUAUAACGUUACAGUUUACUACAUCUUUACUACAACUUCGUACACAAUUCACAGAGCAAUAAAGUAUAACUGUAAGUUACUACGGCUUUACUACAGCUUCGUGCACAAUGGAGCCUCGCUUCAGGAGACGGGCUGAUGGCAGCCUGAAUCUUUCGGACACACUGGAAGCAGCAAAGGUGAAGGAAGCCAACAAAGGAAAGCCUUACACAAGACCCCUGUCCCCGGAGGCUGUGCUGGACAAGGCCAAGAAAAGCUUAAGUCAGCACCAUGGAGAUCCAGCUAACAGAAAGCACCUGCUGGGUUUCUUUGAAAUCCAGUUUGGUAUCUUUCGUGGGCAAACAUUCAGGUGGGUGGCAGAAAAUGCACUAGGGUAUGCUGCUUACCUGGUUGCAUCUAUGAAGAGGGACACCACAGGAGGCAGCAAAGACUCCCAAGAACAUGCCCACAACAAGGGGAGUUUCAGGGAGUAUAUUGAGCUCUUUCCUUCUGGCAAAAUUGCCAUUGCCAUGAAGGAAGAGCAGAAUGAUGCAAAAGCUUCCAAGCACGCUGCCCCUACUCAGCACGUUGCACCCACCCAGCACGCUGCACCCACCCAGCAAGCUGCCACCACCCAUGCUUCCACUGCCUCUCUACGCUCCCUCUUGGUUGGGAAGUUGCCUGACCAAAGAACCCUGACCAAGACCAUAAAAAGGAUAGUUUCCCCCAUCAAAACCACACCUUGUAACCAAACACUUAUCUUUGGCCCAGGCACGUGCACGCCCCUCUGCCACCCUCACCCACCCAACUGUAUCUAUUGA